GUAUCUGUAAAUUCUCACGUAGCUUUUUGUUUUGUUUUUGUUGCUGACGUCAUUAAUGGGUGGCACUUAUCACACUGCUACGAGUACGUAAAAGAAAUCCUCCAAUCAAUGGCGGAAAGAAGCGUCUACGUCAUAUCCAAAGGACCGUUAACAUGUUGUUGGGUUCAGACAGAGCUAAGGUGUUAGCUGGGAAGCGAACUGAAUGAUGUAAUUCACUAAGUUGAAAGGCAGAGGUGUCGUCUCGAUUCACCUCCUAGACUUCUCAUUCCGAUUACGUAAGAAUCUAUUAAAUUUGAGAUCUUGUAAAAAUUACGAUUCUUUUUCACAGAGUUGGUGAUACUUAAAUCGGAAGUCGGGCAGAAAAGUCGCUAGCUCGGCUGCUAGGUAGCCCUAGCGCUGAGUUCUUUGUUUUGUUUUUCCUUGUAGACAUGAAGACAAACUAGUUGAGAUGUUUGUUCUUAACUGUGGCAUUAGUGUAGGAGGGUUUUAAGUAAAACACAAGGUUUAAACAAGGUGUUUAUUUAUGAUUUGUUGAGUACUAUAGGAAGACAAUUGCCCUAAAUUAGCCACCGAGAGCAACUUUAGCAGCAAUACUGUCAGACUAUUUUUGUUUUAUUUGGAGUGGGGACCAGAAGAAAUGGGGAAUUGUCUAAAGUCUCCAACAUCGGAUGACAUCUCUCUGCUGCAUGAGACCCAGUCAGAUAGGGCCAGUUUCGGGGACGGGACUGAUCCUGACCUGGAACCGCCACCACCAUAUCAGGAGCAGGCUCACAUGCCCAUGUACCACCCCACACCGAGUCAGGCCCGUCUGGCCACACAGCUGACAGAGGAGGAGCAGAUCCGCAUUGCUCAGCGCAUUGGCCUGAUCCAGCACCUCCCUAAGGGCGUUUAUGAUGGAGGACAAGACGGCUCAGAGAAAAAGAUCAGAGAGUGUGUCAUCUGUAUGCUGGACUUUGUAUACGGGGACCCUAUCCGGUUCCUGCCGUGUAUGCACAUCUACCACAUGGACUGUAUAGACGACUGGCUGAUGAGGUCCUUCACCUGCCCCUCCUGCAUGGAGCCUGUGGAUGCCGCCCUGCUCUCCACCUAUGAGACCAACUGAUAUCCCCCCCCCCCUCUCCAUGCUUAGGUCAAACCCAGCCCCUUCUCCUCCCUCACCAUGCACACAUACCCCACAACUCCCCUCUGUUAGUACAAAAAGAAGCUGAGAAAUCUAGGAAGGCUGUAUUGCACUUUUGAAAUAUUUCAAACCUUUUUCUCACUUAUUGUUGCCCCAUCAACCCCCACAUCCCCCUCCUUCCGAGUCUAAAUGAGCUGGUCUUAAACAUUGAUCACACAAGUCACAGAGAAACAGUUCUCAUGUGGACACAUGGUUGUGUUUGAAUGCAUUAAGUUUUUGAUAUUGAGUUUCAAAUGUGGUGCCGUGAGAGUGAGGGGAAGGGGGGGUGAUUGCCACCACUCGAGCUGGCCUCAGUGGUGUUUCUCCUGCCACCAUUUCACCUCCAACAACAAUUAGUCAUGAUUUUAAUGGACAGGUGAGUUGAAAGGUUAUCGACCGAAAGGCUCAGACGUGUUGCAAGAUAAAAAAUUUAAGUCUCCUGUUGAGGUGAAGUUUCUGCAACAUGUUAACACGUUGAUCUCCUCCACACUCAUAAAGGACCCGAUGUUAUGCUGUACAUUUUAGAAAAUGUGGUAUUUCACAGCUGAAAAAAGAAAAGCCAACUGCUUGUCCUUUAUUACAGGAGGAUUAUGUAUUUUAAAAAAAGUGCAACAGUCUUCACACAAAACCGUAUCUAAUCAAGCCUAUACUGUAAGUACACGGUGUUUGUCUGUAGCCCCGUCUUAAGGUCAUACAUUCAGUCGUGAAGUGAUGAAAUGGUCAUGUGUCGCGUGAUUGUGUCACCACAGAGUGUGUGUGUCAACUAGCUGGCAGCCACUGUAAAGGGCUCAUUCGUGCAUGGGCAGGUGGAUCAGUCAACAAUUAGAAACGCUUGCACACACUUUUCAUCCCUGUCCAGGUAUUUGCACUUUACUUGUAGGAAAGUAUCUUAAAAAAAACAAUAUAUUAUUAAUAUAUGUACCUUACAAACCUUGCACUAUCAAUACUUCAUUCCUUUACUUCUUGAGAUGCAAAUGUCAUAUAGCUGGUAAGAGAUAUUUUCAAAGGGGUCAGUAGUCGCCUAACUGAAGUACGCCUGCAGAUGUAACACAUGGAAAAUCGGUGAUUCAGUCGUGUAAAAACCUUAAACUUUGUUCUGCUUGAAAAUGUGACUGUCGUGUGUUUUGUGUGUCACUUUGUGUGGGACAGAGGUUUGCUCAAUGUUUGAGGAAAAAAAAACACAUUUUCUGAUUCAGUUUGUUUAAAUAAAACUAUUUUAAAGAUGAUGCUGCUUUCUGCAGUUGUGGCCAAGUCUUUAACAGGACUGGGAACAGAAGGAAGUUUGAUCAUGAAUAAGCUUGUUGAACUAAAGACAGUGUCUAAGAACUCUAACCUCUACUGAAGCUGCUUAAAUUUCCACUGUCAGACUUUUCAAGUGUCAUUUAGUUAGACGUAGUUUAUCCAGCUACUUUGUUUAAAUGAUACUCAAAAAGUUAAGAAACUGCUUAAAUAUUUUCACCAAGAUUUAACCCUUUGUCAGUUUGCUGUAGCCAGUAAAACUGUCCAGUCAUAACAAACAUAACUGAAGGGGUUUUUUUAAUUUAUUAUUAUUCAUCAUUUUGUUUUCCUUCACUUUGACAAAAUAUUUUUCCCCAUCGUAAACCUCUGUCCUCACUGAAUUUGAGUGUGAGACUUUGCUUUGGUCACAUCCCUACAAAGGAGAUGAUAUGUUUUCCAUUAAAAACUUUACUUUGC